AUGCCAUUAUCUUUUGAUAAAAGCUUAUUGACUGCCUGUCCGAUCUUCAGGCCUAGUGCUGAGGAGUUUUCAAGUCCUAUUGAAUACUUAUCGAGGCCGGAUAUCGCUGCCGUUGGUUCAAAAUAUGGUUUGGUGAAGGUUAUUCCUCCUGAUGGGUGGAAACCACCCUUUCUGUUAUCUAGUGAUUUCAAAUUUCAUACCCGUCAUCAGAAAUUAAGUGAUUUAGGGUUGACUACAAGAAGUAGAAAAUUUUUCAUUAAUAAUAUUAAUAGAUUUUUGAAAAUGAGAAGAAAGAAGCAAAUAAAUUCUUAUUUUAAAGUCGAUGAUAAGAAAAUAUACUAUUAUGAUCUUUAUUCAUCAGUGGAAUCUCAUGGCGGUCCUGAUAGACUAAAUGAUGAUAUAUGGAGUAGAAUUAACUUAAAAUUUGGGCUACCAACCGAUUUUAAAGAUUUAAAUAUCCAAUACGAACUUAAUAUUAAGUCUUAUGCCCAAUUUCUUUCUACUAAUUCCAAUAAAUCGUAUGAGUUCCCAGAAAGUGAUCUGGAAGAUGAUUCUGCCAAUUGUUUAGUUUGUGGGAAAAAUAACCUGCCUACAACAACAUUAUUAUGUGAUAAUUGUAAUAAUCCAUUUCAUAUGAGAUGCUUGUCGCCUCCACUUACUUCCAUACCAAGCGGAACUUGGUACUGUGAUAAAUGUUUGAUUGGAACUGGGGAAUACGGGUUCGAAGAACCGGUAGAGAUAAAAUAUACCUUGCCGCAAUUUUAUCAAAUGUGUUUGGACUUUGAAUCAAGCUUUAAACAAAUUUAUAAUAACAAUCAACCAUUAACCAUUGAUUUAAUUGAAAAAAAAUUUUGGGAAUUUAUCGAUAUUGAAAAAAAUGAUUUGGAAGUUAAAUAUGGGGCCGAUAUACAUAAUUUAAGACCGGGUCAAAUAAGUGGAUUCCCCAUGUCAAACACUCCUAAUAUUAAAAUUGAUUCAAACUUUGAAUCUUAUAUUAAACAUCCUUGUAAUUUAACAAAACUCCCAUUUGCACCCGGCUCCUUGUUGAAUUAUAUAAAUACGUCAAUUUCUGGAAUGACAAUUCCGUGGAUAUAUAUAGGGUCCUUACUUUCCACAUUUUGUUGGCAUGUGGAAGAUCAUUAUACGUUAUCAGCAAAUUACUGUCAUUUUGGAGCUACUAAAAAGUGGUAUGGAAUCCCCUCCAGUUAUGCUAACAGUUUUGAAAAAUUAAUGAAAGAUUCUGCUCCCGAUUUAUUCAAAAGACAACCGGAUUUACUUCAUCAGCUAGUCACUUUAUUAUCACCAAUGACCCUAGUUAAAAAUGGAAUCCCGGUAAUGUACGCCGAUCAACAACCCAAUGAAUUCAUAGUGACGUACCCACGCGUUUACCAUGCUGGAUUCAAUAGCGGGUUCAAUUUCAACGAGGCGGUUAAUUUCGCCAUGCCCCAAUGGUUAGAGUUUGGUGAACAAUCAAUCCACGAUUAUAAGCUGAUUAAAAAGGAGAAUGUUUUCGACCAUUAUCAAUUAGUUGAAAAUAUCCUACACGAUUUCCAAAGAAAGAAGGUGAAGGGGAUUCAGUUAACCAAAGAGGAAAUCAACUUAGUGGAAAGAUGCAUUAAGAGUUAUGAAUCUUUCUACCAAGCCCAAACGAAUAAACUUGAUCAAUUCAAUAAAAUUAAGAAAAACUUCAUAAUCAAGUUCCAACCAAAAUUUUUCAAAGAAAGAAAAUUCGAAGACGAACAAUUAGGUUAUUUCCCUCAAGAUAACAAUGACCAAGAUGAAGAUUACGAAGACGAUUUAUGUGAUAUAUGUCGAACCAAAAUAUCUUAUCAAUAUUGUAUCAUUGAUAAUAAGCGUCAUAGGUUUCAUACCAUUGCGUCAUCCGAUGCAAUGGAUUCAAAACUAAAGUCAAUUGAACCAAUCACUCCAACCAUCAAGCAAGAAGCCACGUUUGAGUCUUUCAACAAAAUCCCCAUAAGUCAAUUAUUAACUCCCGAAUCGUCUCCCUACGAAGAAAUCACCAAUCGACCUAAAAAAGAGCUUCUUGCCGAACACGAUCUGGGCCCGAAUGAAUCCAAAAGCGAGGCUGACGAGUGGAAUAAGUUGAUUGAAGACGCAAAGAACGACGACAACGACAAUAAUCGUAAGCGCCGUCGUUCAAGAAGAGUCUCCAAGGAAGAAGAACCAUUGCACAAAAAUCGCAAACCUAAUCAUCCAACCAUCCAGCCAAAGGGGAAAAUGACGGUGGUCCAGAAUACUUGCAGCCUCAACCAGCUAAAUGACCAGGAGGAAAUCAGACUUUGUCUACAAUGUUGUUUGAACCUGUGUGGAGAACAUGGGGAAAGAGCCCCCAUCAACUCUACCCUAGUCUACGAAAUGUAUCCCGACACAAUGGCCCACCUCAUCUCGUCAACCAGGUCCCUUCUACAUGAUCUCUAA